AAAGACCUCGGUGUGCUGACGACGAGUUACCUAAAACCAUCCGCCCACUCUUUGAGUGUGGCAAAAAGCGCAAUGUCCGUACUGUACGCCAUCAAGCGUGCGUUUAUGGACUUUGACGUAGAUGCUUUCGCAAAGACAUUCGGGACAUUCGUCCGGCCGCAUUUAGAGUACGGCAUACAAGCCUGGAGGCCGUGGGCGGUUGUGGAUCAAAACUGUCUCGAAAGAGUCCAGAGGAGAGCCACGAAGAUGGUUAGGGGUCAAAGCUCCUUUCCUUAUGCGACCCGCCUAGUAAAUCUGAACCUCUUUCCUUUGAGUUACAGGCAACUUCGCGGAGAUCUCUUGCAAGCGUUCCGCAUUGUAAAGGGGUUGGAUUGCAGUCUGGCCUUCGAGGACUUUUUUGAAUUUGCUACCACGACCAACCUCCGAGGUCACCCGUUCAAACUGCGCACUCAGCAGGCAGAGCUGGAUGGGCGGAAGUUCUCCUCUGUUCGAGUGGUCAAACCAUGGAACACCCUUCCCGCAGAUGUUGUGAUGUCACCAUCUAUACAAUGUUUUAAAGAGAAUCUUGAUAUGUAUAUGUUCCCAAAUGACCAGGGGCGAUGAGAAGUCGUGCUCACUCCCUGUAACUCGUUCCCAUUUUGUCCUACCAUUAUGGGCUUGUUUGAACUAUUUCAGCCCAGAACAUGUAUCUGUAGACCACACAUUUUAACGUUGCAAAUAGGGUACUGAAAGGCUUACGCCUAUUUCCCCCAAUGAACUGAACUGAAAAAAGAAACCCAUUGUGCCUUCAUUUGAAUCGGUUCCGUCUAACUAAGUAGGAGAGGGCACUGCAUUAUUUUGCGUACUAUCAGCCAGCCGAAGCUUUCAAACGGCACACGGAUUGCAGUAAAAACAUUAAUGAGCAACGUCGUGGAAGCAACUAUUUUAACAGCACCUUUCGAAGGUGGACAUAUCCUUAUUCCCUACAUUCCACGGACUCGACUGAUUUUUCAUAUCAACUUAGGAGACUGAGAUUCCCGAUUCGACUGACGUUUGAAAUCACUAUCAACAAACCUCAGGGCCAAUCCUUAGAAUUCUGCUGUUUUUAUCUACAAGCGGAUUGUUUUUUCCACAGUCAACUAUAUGUUGCGUGGUCCAGAGUCGUCAAACCAGACAAUCUCUAUAUUUGCAGGGAAAAUGCAAUGACGAAAAUAUUGUAUACCGAAAAGCAUUAUCAAAUCAAUCAUAUUAAAGACGCGCUCCCUUCGUCUUUUCUUUCGUGUUCAUCUCAUCAGACUGAGACACAGUAACGCUUGGUUGGGUCCAGCUAGUUCUUCAUAUAUUUUGCAGGUGCGCUGGACUAACCUGCCUAUUAGGGUCUGGUCUCUUUAUCUUCAACUAACUGUUUGUUUUAACUUUGCAAAAGCGCUGUGGUGUCUCCCUCCACGCUUGCGCUGCAGUCGGUUCGGCGGCGGCGGCCGGACGGUGAGUUUCGGGAGUUGUCGUUGAGAAGGCGCGAUCGUGGGCGCAAGAGCUUUAUGAGUCUGAUGGAUUCCAGCUCGAAUCCAUCGUCAGGGACAGAACCAGGUAAGGGUGCCAAUUCUGAUAGACAUGCAGUGGCAUAGCAUGCCACGCCGCAUAGUGCAGCUACGUCCUGUGAAUACUGCAACACCUAUGGGGCACCUACUGUCAUCUGAUUCUGUCUCUGAUGAUGGAUUCGAGUGAGAAUUCGAAAUAUCGGGCCAGUAAGGUCCAUGUCUCAGCGAUAUUAUCCUCCGCAGUCAUUUCAUUUUUCCUGCCAUUCGCAGUCGGGCUGGUGCUGACAGCUUAUGAUGUAUACGGUCUGCAUGUGUGUGUGUGUUUUAUGUAAAUCAUUGUGGGCAAACCUUAGUCCCCGUGAUGUGUAUGACCGCAGACAGUGACAUGUCUUAAUUUUAAAAUGUCUUCGUCUUCCGCACAUUCAUGUACGUCAUCUCCUUUUGCGGUUUUAUAACAGGCGGCAUCAGUUGCCCGAUCUUCGGGGAGGAUAUGCGGUCUGGUCGCUGCAUCCCUACUCGGCGGUGAUCGCAUUCGUGGAGUUCUGCCAUCUACCAGUGGACUGGUAA